UUAUCACACAUUAGAUAUUUUCUACUCUGUCUUUUCUGUUUUACAUCAUUUAGUUUGCUUCUUUUUAUGACUUUAAUCACCCUUAUGUGAAUUUUAAAUAUGAAAUUUUAGAGCUGACUCAAAUAUUGAAAUAAUUCAUCUCACGUGACUUUUUUCAGCCUAAUUUUUUAUUUUUAAAUCUCCAGAAGUCGAUCUGCCUAAAAUCUCGCUCUGAGUGUAAAACCUGCAGACAAACAAGUCUGAAUUUGCCUCUCCCCAGUGCCGAUGUUCAUCGCUCCAUCCUGAGUCAAAGCUUUUUCACACACAUUCCAACAUGUGAAGACGGCCGGUGUGAAAAGUUAAAAAAGAGAGAGAUAAAAGAAAAAUGCAGAAGUGAACCAGGGAGGAGAGGAAAGAAACAGCGAGAAGAAAUGAAGACAAAAGCAACGAUAAGAAGAUGAUGGUUCAACUCUGCUGGCUUCUGCUGGUCACCUGUGUCACAGGUGCACUGAGCAGCAUCAGCCCGUAUAUAAAACAUUACGAAGUCCUAUCAUAUGACCGGGAGGAUCUUCACAGGAAACACUUAAGAGCCAGGAGGGCCACAAAGCUUCAGGCCGUUACACUGGAGUUGGAUUUUACUGCAUUUCAUAGAUCUUUCCAUCUGCUCCUGAGACCAGAUUCAGAGGCAUUUUACAAAGAAUUCACAGUGAUUGGUGAAAAUGGUCCAGAGUCUGUUGAACUUUCACACUUAUACUCAGGAACACUUGAAGGCGAGCAUGGUUCCGCCUGUCACGGCUCGGUGUUGCACGGACAGUUUGAGGGAAGCAUCCACACAGAAAAUGGGACAUAUCACAUAGAGCCAUUUGACAGAUACACCAGCAGCCCAACAGAUCACCACUCUAUAAUCUACCAUGAGGAUGACUUGGGUAACCCAUGCCACUCUUUAUCUUCCUCGUGUUGAUUUUGUUUCGCUCCACAGGAGGCAGAAGUGAGCCGGGUCAGGAGGACGGUUAACGAGUCGAAGACCAGCUGCCUGCUCCACCUCCACACUGAUCACCUCUACUACAAGAGGUUCAAGACUGUAGAAGCCGUUGUGGCUCAGGUUGCCUCGUACCUGCGGGCUGUGAACGACAUCUUCGACAAGGUUGAUUUUGAUGGAAUCAAGCUGAUCAACUUUAAAGUUAAAUCCCUCCGUGUGAUGACUAGGGAGGACACGAAUGAUCCAUUGACUCCUUUGUACAUCGGACCUGAGAAGUUGUUGAGUCUGUUUUCAGAGCAAAACUGGGGCAACUUCUGUCUGUCCUACCUGCUCACUAACAGAGACUACAGUGGAGUUCUGGGCCUGGCGUGGGAGGGCAAGACAAGUAACUGGGGAGGAAUAUGCUCACAACACACCAUCUUCCGUGAUGGACAAAGAUCCUCUCUUAACACCGGCUUAAUAACAAUUCAGAACUACGGACAGUUCCUGCCUCCUCGACACAUCCAGCUGACCAUGGCACACGAACUGGGCCACAGUCUAGGUUCUCCGCAUGAUGAGGGCUCAAACUGCGGGGACCUGGGCUCUUCUGGUGGUAAAGGUCGGUACCUGAUGUUUCCUCAAGCCACAGACGAGGUGCGUGAAAACAAUGACAAAUUCUCACCCUGCAGCAUUAAACAUAUUAGCAAGAUCCUGAAGCAGAAGAAGGACAACUGCUUCGUAGUCAGCGAUCAGCCCAUCUGUGGGAACCACAUAGUAGAGGAAGGUGAAGAAUGUGACGUUGGUCAAAACAGCACAGAUCUGUGCUGCUAUAGUGCUGCAGAGCCUGUAGGAGUCCAGUGUCACCUGAAGCCUGGGAAAGUCUGCAGUCCGAGUCAGGGCUUGUGUUGUGGUAAGAACUGUGAGUUUAAACCGGCGGGUCAGAUGUGCCACGAGGAAACGGACUGUCAGGAAGUGACUGAGUGUUCAGGUCUAUCCCCGGUCUGCCCUGAGCCACAUGCCAAGGAAAACCUCACCAUCUGCAGCCAGGGCACACGUAUCUGUCUGAACGGGGUGUGUGCCGAGUCUGUGUGUGUGAAGCACGAUCUGCAGCAGUGUGACUGUCCAGGAGACAACAUGAAGGAGAAAUGCCACAUGUGCUGCCAGCAGCCUGAUAAUCCCAAAACGUGUGCCAGCACCACCUCCUCUGUGCUGUCUCGCUACUUUCAGGGGACGUCGCUGCCUCUGGUUGGUGGUGCUCCGUGUGCAGGGAACCGAGGGUACUGUGAUAAGUUUCACAUGUGUCGCCUACUGGACGCAGACGGCCCUAUAGCCAGACUGAAGAACGCUUUUCUUCAUUUUGACGAGUUUGAUGACGUGGCAGAGUGGAUGAAGGCUCAUUGGUGGGCUAUCCUGAUCGUUAUCAUCGCUCUGUCUGGAGUGAUGGGCUGUACGGUCUUCCUGUGCAGCCGCACCCUGAACACCCAUGGCUUGGACUGACCCCUUGACCUAACAUCUCCUCCUGGACCACACAGAAAAUAAUUUCAACCUCAUUUUUUGGGACAGUAAUUGAGAGAUGGUCUUUGGUCAACUCUGUCUCACACCUGAUCUGAACGUAACGUCCAAGGUCGCUGAACACCUGCUUAAGCCUGUCUCUUGUGUUUGUCACCUGAUAUGUUUGCAUCUCCGUUUCCGUAAGGGACUUUAUUUGCGGUAAGCCUCUUGUGGCACUCGUGUUGUGAAAAGAGUCUCUGCCAAGAUGAAUCAGUACAGUCUUUCUUGGAAAGACACAGAUGCAGUGACACUUGAAUGUAAAGUCACAUGUCCCUGCAAAAGCCAACGUGUUUCUGAUUUGGAACCGUUCCAACUUUCCAUGUCGGUAGAGAUGAAAGAGCAUGUGGACAUGAUGGCUCUGGCCAGUGCCGCUGUUUGUACAGGAAAACUUAAAGGUUCCAUAUCAUGCUUUUUUUAAACCUUUGAGAGCAAAGGUGGGCACAGUAUAUUACACUAUUGAGAUGUCAUUUAUCUUAAAUAUGAGUUCUUUUUAUCAGCCUGAAUUUAUAGCCAGAAAUACAACAAACUUUGUUUCAGUGAAGCUCCGCCCAUGCCCGCUCCAACCAAACAUGCCUACAGUAGUGUCUUAGAUGAGGUGGGUAUUAUGUUUGCUGUGAUAGUCCAGUGGCAAAAGCUUCAAUCCUGCGUCUCAUUUUUGCCAUGUUCUGAUGUGGGUUCAGCUCCUGACGGUGUCGGCAGCCGUUUAUUUACCAGCUGGAGCAGAUUUCAUGUUUUUAUAUUUUAGUUUUAUUGAAUAUUUUCGGCAAAAUAUUUUGUGUCUCUAAAGAUCUUUGAAUUUGGUCAUUUCCAAGCAGCUCACCUCACAUGGACUUACAAAGAAAGUAAAAAAAAUAAUAAUAAUCAGUCCUUAUAUUAUUAACAGUUUACUAAUAAAGGAUUGAAAAAAUCAUACUGGUUACUGUUCAUUCUGGGAUGUAAACCAGCACAAAACUGUAUGCUAGCCUAGCCAUUAACCAAGUCUAUUAAAUAAAGCUUGUUGCUUAAGCCACGUAUCCUGAGAUUGCCAGGGAGACCAGUUUAGACCAGAGAAUAGCUUCUUAGGGAGGAGCAAGGCCUGAUGUUGGGGGCAGGAUGAUUAAUGUUUAUGUUUAUUUAUUUGGCAGACGCUUUUAUCCAAAGCGACUUACAAUUUAUAACCUAUAGGGCAUGUUGUGAUCUGUGGGGGUUAACCGGAGUACCCGGAGGAAACCCACGCAUGCAUGGGGAGAACACGCAACUCCACGCAGAAAGGCCGCAGCCGAGCCGAGUUUCGAACCUGCAACCUUCGUACUGCGAGACAACAGUGCUAACCACUGCGCCACCAUGCAGCCCUUAUACAUUAGAUUGUUUCAGGAAUGUCAAAAUAAAAAUCUAAAUUUGUAGCUGAAACAUAAAAAAUGCAUGGAUACAGCCAAAAACAGGUUUGCGGGUGCUUUUCACGAGGAAACAACAAUAUUACAUGCUACAAAGCUCCAAAAAGUGGAUUUUCCAUGUUAUGGUCCUUUUAAAUUUUGAAAAACUUGAACCAAAGUUCAGCAGUUUUGUUUUAUUCUUCAUUUUUAUGCAUGAUAAGACACUUCAGAGUGCACUAGAAUGCUCGUGGCCUUCUUGGCUGAGGGUAAAUCUGAGGACAUUUUCAGAACCUUGAAAUGAAUUCUUAUUUUAAAAAGACAAAAUCUGCAGCUGUCUGUAUAAUUAACUCAAGUGUUCUUAUUUUAAUCUGUCUCCAUGUCACCUUGACACAAUCGGUGGAACAUUCUGGCGUCACAACUGAGAGGGCACGAAGAACAGCGUAUCUUAUUUUGGGCAGUUUGAGAAUAUUUUGAAUUGUAUAUCAGAAAUGGCUGUGUGAAAGUUUAAAUUGUUCUUAUUGGGAGGGGGGCAUACAUUUUGCUUUAAUGAUAAAAUGAGAAACAAUGGAAACGUUUUUGUUGUCAAGUCAUAAAAUAAAAUCAAGUCGACUUCAGAA